CAAUCUUUCGGCAAAAAACUUCUCACGAGGCGUUAUCAUAGAGGAAAAGCUGAUAACGUCGCUCUUGGAGACAAAAGAAUGCACUAAAUCUGCCUUUUGUUUGUGUUGUAAGGAUUUAUUCAAAACAUUUAUUUCAGCCCUAUUGAUUAUUUUUAUCGAAGGACACGGAGCAAGCGACGAUUUAUUUUUGCUCUUUUGAUAAAGUCAAGAAGGCGGUGUUAAAUUUUUAUUGAAAUGGCUGAUGACUUUAAACAACUAGAAUUUCACAGUUUAAAACUUCAGGAAAAGACAAAAGAGCUUCCUGGCAUUGCAGGAGAUGAACUCGAAGGAAUACUCUGCUUGGAAUGCAAAGUCAAAUGUACUGGAUUUUUGAAACAUCCCUGGAGGCCUGGAUGUAGUAAGUGCAGAUGUCCUCUCUGGAAGCACGAUAUUCCUCAAAACACUGCUGGACACCCAUUUGAUAGACUGAAUGUCAUGGAAAUAUUGCCACCACUCCUUUCAGAAUAUGAUAAGGCAUUGACUGAAGGAUUUACUUGGGUACCACGAGGACUUCGAACUUCACAGCUUCAAUUAUAUAUGAGGAACUUCUCUAAAGAGAAUAUACCAAAGGUUAACACAGAAGGUGCAAACUUCCGUGCCAGACAAUUAAUGCAUCAACUUCCGUUACAAGAUUAUCAUAGUGCAGCUGCUAAUUUCUUGACUGAAUCAUCAAAAACUUCGUUUGAAGAUUUAGCUAAAAAACGAGUUAAAAAAGCUCUUGGUGUUGGUGCAGUUAGGGGUGCACUAUCAACUUCUGCCAAAUGCAAAGGUUGCUCUGAUACGAUCAAUCCUGGUCAAAUGGCUGUGUUUGCUGAAAGGGUUGGUGCAGAUGGCUGCUGGCAUCCACAAUGUUUUAGUUGUUGUGUUGACGAUGCACAGUUGGUUGAUUUGGUUUAUUUCCUUCAUGAAAAUAACUUGUAUUGUGGAAGACAUUGGGCAGAAAAGAUAAAACCAAGAUGUCAUGCCUGCGAAGAACUGAUAUAUACUGGGGAGUAUACUAAAGCAAUGGAACAAACUUGGCAUGUGGAUCACUUUUGUUGUUUUGAAUGUGAAGAAAAAUUGACUGGUAAGAAGUAUAUUAUCAUCAAUAAUCAUCCAUACUGCCAACUCUGCUAUAAUGAAUCGAUUGCUAAUACAUGCUUCAAAUGUGAGGAGCCUAUAUCACCAGAAUGUAAAGACAUGUUUGUGAAAAAUCGACAUUACCAUAAGGAAUGUUUGACAUGCUCCCAAUGCAAGAAACCAUUAGAAAGUCAAACAUUUUCGUUCGUGAAUGAUAUUCCAGUCUGUCACAAAUGUAGAGGGGUUGAUCCAGAGAAAUCACAGUUUUGCCACAAGUGCAACGAAUCAUUUUUUUCCGAAGAAAAGAAGGUGGGAGUGGGGAAUGAUUAUUUCCACGAGCGAUGUUUUCUCUGCUCGUCAUGUGAAAAGCCUAUUGGAUCACAGAAGUUCAUUCGGAAAAGCGAUGGAAGAAGACUUUGCAAUGCUUGUUUCGAAGUUGCCGCCAAGACAUGUUCUAAAUGCGACAACCUGAUCAGAGGUUCAACAGUUAAGUUUGAAGGGAAUGCUUUUCACACUGAGUGUUUUCUUUGUACGAAUUGCGAAAAGGAGCUUGGCGGUAUUCAGUUUUACAAGAACGAAGAGAAACCGUUUUGCGAAGAAUGCUAUUUAUCAAAUCAUGCCAAGAGAUGUGCGGCAUGUUACGAGCCCAUCGAGGGAAACACGAAAUUUAUCGAUUACGAUCGAAAAUACUGGCACAGUAAAUGCUUUAGUUGUACCAACUGCAAGGCGAUGCUUGCUGGUGCAAAGUUUGUUGUGAGAGAUGGAAGUCGUUACUGCUUAGAAUGUAAAUAAAUGCGUGAACCAUGGCUGAAUAAUUUGUGAUUUCUAGGAUAUAAUUUUUGAAAUUGUUUGUCGCAAAAAUUUCGCUUACAUUUUGUGUGUUUUCAUAUGUUUUUUACUAAUUUAUUCUUAUUUAUUUACACGACUUUAUAACUUCUUAGCACGAACGCAUAUAUGAUGUUGCCUUAUUUCCUGUAAUUUUUCCAACUUUUUUUUGAAGCGAAUGCGUGCAAAAUAAACCUUUUUUACACAAAAAGGCGCGAAAUCGAAAAGAUUUUCCAAAAAACUUUUUUGCGUGUUUUAAUUAUUAAUAUUAGUUUAAAUAAUGCGCCCAUGUGGUAAAAACAUUAGCGUGUUUUACUGUGCGAGCUCUAUUGUCUAAGUAAGAAUAUUUCAUCAAAUGUUUCUAUAUAUCUGCGCAAAAACUAACGGUUGCGAAAGUACUGAAAAGUAGAGGACUUGGUAAUAAUAAAGGAAGCGUUAUAAAAGAAAGGGAUUAAGGUACAUUUAGAACUAUAUUUUUCUAGCACUAUUAUUUUUGCUUUUCUUUGAAUUUUCUGGGUGACUUUAACUGUUUUUUUUUUUUACGCUUGAAUAUUUCUAACUUUAAAUCUAACUCCAACGGCAAGUUUAUUUUUUACCAGGUGUUAAUUUUAAAAUAUUUUAUUUUUAUAUUUUAUUAAUUGCAUGCGUUUUUAUAUAACAUUAUUUUUCCAAAACUGUGUGAUAUUGUUAAGCUUUAGUAACGCUUACACAGCGGAAUACGUAGAUCUAUCGUAAACAUCGGUCAAAAUCCAUCCCUCUAUAGUACGCCGUAACUUCUGAGAAUUUACUAUUAAUAAAAGUGCCAUGAUCGGAAACAAGACAUUGAGCUACCGAGCGGUUUCAAACAAAAACUGUCUAGGUUCUUAGCUACCCUUGUAACUCAAAUUUUGAAAAGCUAAUUAUUUUUUGGUCCGUUAAAAGAAAUGCGUUAAAAAUUGCAAUGUGAGAAAUUUGUUUCGUCUCUAUGUAUAAUCUUUGACACAUAAUUUGCAUUGGUGAUGUUUAAUAAAUUUGUACGUAACCUGUAUUAACAAUAUGAGUAAAAAGACUUACAAACA